UGCUUCAAACCUUAAAGUUGUUAUUUGUGUGAACGUGUUUCACGGGGGCGACUGUUUCCAGGGAAACCGUCAAUCAUUCAGUGAGUGACGUCAGCGUUUCCACUCGACUGUUAGCUCCCAGUAAAGGAGCCUGAACCCGGCUGGAUGUGGAGCGUUCGUGCUCUGCUCGGCUUCCUGGUGACCUCACGACCCGCGGCGGCGUUUGCUCCGGCGGGAACCUGCUUGCUGCCCGCCGCCGCGCCCGACGCCCUCGGGAGGAACCGCUGCCCUAGCAGACCGGCGUCCACCAUGGCCCAGACCCUCAAGUACCUCGGCCAGGAGGAGGCGCAGCGCAUCGACGAGGAGCUCUUCAGCGACUACGGCUUCAGCGUGGACCAGCUGAUGGAGCUGGCGGGACUCAGCUGCGCCGUCGCCGUCUCAAGGGCGUACCCGCUGGCGUCGCUGCCCAGGGCCCGGCCGGCACUGCUGGUUGUCUGCGGACCCGGCAACAACGGGGGCGACGGCCUGGUCUGUGCCCGCCACCUCAAGCUGUUUGGGUACGAGCCCGCCAUCCUGUACCCCAAGAGGCCCAGCAAGACCCUGUUCCAGGGCCUGACCACGCAGUGCCAGAAGAUGGAGAUCCCCUUCCUGACGGAGAUGCCGGAGGCCGCCGUGGUGGACGAGGCCUACAACCUGGUGGUGGACGCCAUCUUCGGCUUCAGCUUCAAGGGCGCCGUGCGAGAACCGUUCGGCGCCAUCCUGGACGAGCUGAAGAAGAUCACGGCUCCCAUCGCGAGCAUCGACAUCCCCUCAGGCUGGGACGUGGAGCGGGGCGGCGCCGACGGGAUCCAGCCCGACACGCUCGUCUCCCUCACCGCCCCGAAGAAGUCGGCCUCCCAGUUCAAGGGCCGGUACCACUUCCUGGGGGGCCGGUUCGUGCCGCCGGGCCUGGAGAGGAAGUACCAGCUGAACCUGCCCCAGUACCCGGGAACCGACUGCGUGUUGCAGCUGUAAACCCGGCGCCGGCUUCUGGGGCUCGGCUCGGUCCGGGAGGGCUGUCUUGUUUAC